AUGGGGGCCCAGGGCCUCAUAGAUGUUGCAGCUGAUGGCUCGCACGUGCAUCAGGUUCUCUUUGCUGCUCUUAUACAGGGUGGGGGCCCCUGCCUGGUGUUGCUGUUGCCCCGCAGUGUGAAGGUAUAUAUCUUAACAGAAAAAGGGGGGGCCCCCAAGGGCCCCCUGGGGGGCCCCCAACAGGAAGGGGCCCCCGAGGGGGGCCCCCAUGAUAACAGCAGCAGCAGUACCCUCGAUCUACCCCUUCGCUUUCUCUGUGAAACACAGCUCAACUACCCAGCAAUCUCUGCUGCUGUUCUCCCCUGCAGCAGAGCAGCACAGCUGGGGGCCCCCCGGGGCCCCCUGACCCCUGAGGAGUUUCUUGGCUCAUCAGAGUAUGGGGGGCCCCAGGGGGCCCCCAUGGGGGCCCCUGAUCUGCUGCUGCUGCUGCUAGGAGAGUACCGCGCAGUCGUGAUGGGGUACGACCCCUCCUUGGGGGCCCUCCGUACCCUCAGCCUUCACUGCUUCUCUGAGCUGGGGCCCCGUGCUGCUGCUGUCAAUGCCUUUCUGCAGGGGCCCCCCAGCAUAAAGCUAGUAGAGGAGGGGCCCCCAGCUCUCACAGAUCUGGGGAUGGGGGGCCCCGAUGGGGCCCCCUCGUUGCCUGCAGGGCAGCAGACUGUUGCUGCAGUCAAGUCUAUCUGCAGUACCCUCGUCUUCGAUAUGCAGCCUUAUGCCCAGGGGGGCCCCCAGGGGGGCCCCUAUGGGGGGCCCCCAGGGGGCCCCAUGGGGGCCCCAGGGGGGCCCCCUGCGAGGAGUUUUGUCGCGCUGCUGAGCGUUGAUCUGCUGCACAUUGUUUGCCUUCAUCUUCUUGUUAGUGAGGCGGAGCUACCUUCUCCUGGUGGCCCCACAGCAGCAGCAGCAGCGGCUGCUGCUGCUGCUGCUGCAGCAGCUGCUGCUGCUGCUGCAUCAGGUGAGGAAGCUGCUGCUAGUCUGUCUGGGUCGCCUGCAGCAGCUGCUGGGUUCACGCCACCUGCGGAGACUCCGCUGCAGGCAGCCUUUGCUGCUGCUGCUGCUGCUGCUGCAGCAGCAAAAGGCAGCGGGGGGCCCCGCAGAGCCUCUCGUACGGUUCACUGGAGCCCUGAGGGGGGCCCCCCUUGUGGGGGGCCCCCAGGCGGCAGCAGCAGCACCAGCAGCAGCAACAGCAGCAGGCAGCAGAAGAGCUAG